GCGAGCCGAGGAGGGGGUGAUGGCAGCCGAGAAGUGGGGAGACCCGGAGACAGAUGCUUGGAGGGCGGAGGUGAGCAUCAGAGGUCCCCGUCCCCGCCCUCUACCCUGCGCGGUCCGGAAGGCUGGACCGUGCCGGCGACUAGAGUCCGUAGCGGCGGUGCGAGAGACCCUGGAUCGCUGCGCCCUCAGGGGCUGCUCUUGAGAAGUAGCAAAAGGAAGAAGUGAAUAAACCGCAGCUCCGGGCGCGGGCUCCUGGGCUCCCACCGGCUGACUGCAGUUGCAGCCCGGGCCACCAGCCGCGCCUCCUUAUCCCGGCUCGGCCGUGCUCUGCCCUCGGUGUUUGGCUUGGCCCCACCAACUGCGCAAUAACCCGGCCGGGUGGGGGUCAGACAUUGGGCCAGCGAGUGCGAGGGCUGGCGGCGGACCCCGGCACGAGUUUGCAGCGGGAGGCUGGGCGCCCGGGGCUGCUAGUUCCUUUGCCCGCAUCAGUGCGCUGUCCCGCUGGCCCCGCCGGUGAGCUUGAGGCUCACCGAUUUCCGAAAGAGGAAGUCCUUAACACGGCUCCCCAGGAAGGUCUUCUUCCCCAGAAGAAAGAGACCCGAGCCUCCAAGAAAAACCUAGGGGAAAGGACCCACUCAGGUGCCCUGCCGCCCCCAGGUUGAGGCCUGGCGAUGUUAGACUGGAGCUCCAUCAUCAACUCAACUGGCAACUACUUGGGGGGACCGCGUAAGGAAGCCCCUGUAAGUCACAGAUUUGUGGGAGACAUCUGAAACAACACGUUCUCACUCCAUUUCCAAGUUUUGGGCUGGACAUCGCAAUCCUCUCUCCACCCACGUUCCCGUCUUUCUUCAAAAUCCUGAGCCAGGCCAAGAAGAGCACAUCGGGAGAGGGCAGCAGAGCCGGCGCCCCGCUGCUGGGGCGGUCCGGCCAGCCUUCCCCUCUGGAGCGAGGCCUAAGUUUCCUCCACUUCACGGUGACCAAAGUGGCCACCGUCGGACGAACGACGAGAGCGAGGGUGGAGGUGGGGAACAAAGCAGGCCCGAAGCCAACUCCAGCCUCCCGGACUUUUAGGCCUGGGGAGGUCGGGACCCGGAGUCCUCCGACGCUCCUGGAGGUUGUGACUCUAUUUGCGAGGGCGGGAGUGGCAUGGGCAGAAGAUGAAGCAACAGAGCUGGAACCCUCUCCCUGUCCGCAGCUUGGACUUUGUGAUUCUGUCCCUCUUCUACUGGCUGGUCACAUGGACAAGUCUGAAGCGGGUUUGCCGGGGGAGCUUGCCCGUCUCCCCUCGCCUGGACCACCCGGUCCACAGGGAUCCCAUCUCCCGCUCUUGCCCGCAGCUGCGCUCUGCUGGCCGCGGGGAUGCGCCGGGGCGAAUCCCGCCGCGGUGGAGGCGGUCCCCGCUCGCCCUCCACAGCUGCGCCCGCCGGCCUGGCUCCCACUAAACUUUUCCGGCUCCAGGUGGUAGCUGGGCCGGCGGAGGAGGCAGGAGCCCUUUGUCCCGAGGGCCCAUGGCCUCUGCCCCCACAGGUGUCACCAAGAGUGACAUAUACACGGAUGCUCCCAGGGCUGGCUGAGGAUGUUAGCUUCCUGUACCACCCCUGUGCCCACCCCUGGCUGAAGAUCCAGCUUGCCCUCCUGGCCCAUGUCUGUGUGGCUCAGCCCUCAUUGGUCCCUGACUCCAGCCUCACUCGGGAUCGGCCCUUGGUACUGUCAGCGUGGGGGGUGGCGCUGGAGAUGGCAUGGGUGGAGCCAGCCUGGGCUGCCCACUGGCUAAAGAGAUGGUGGCGACGGAGGAAGAAGAAAGCAUGGCCCCACUCCGACGGCCUUUCUGGGCCCUCUCCCGUAGUGCCGACCUCAGGCAGAGGGCGGCUGUGCUGGAGAGGGUGUGUGCAGGCCCCGGCUUUGGCCUUUGCUCUUCGAAGCUGGCGGCCCCCAGGGACAGAGGUGGCAUCUAGAGGGCCCAGGCAGUCUUCUUCAGACGGUGCCAAGAGGCGGGGCCUGCGGGCUGCCCUUGGUCUGCAGCCCACCCCCUCAGCCCCAAAGCUCUCCUCUGCUUCUCCACAAAACUGGGAGGCCAAGCAGCCCACACUGGGCACCCUGGGUGAGGCGGGUAAUGCCCCAUCAGUGCGCACUGGCUCCCUGCUGCCUGGGGGGCCUGAAGGCAAUGCCAGCUCUAGGACACAGGCUCAGGGACCCAAAGGUCAAGGCAGCCCAGGAGGCUGUGCCUGUCCCAGCCAGGUGUCCCCGGCCCCUCGGGCAGCAGCACCCCCACGGGCCGCCAGGGUCCCCACGCCACGCACGGAGGAGGCCGCCUGGGCUGCCACGGCCCUGACCUUCCUGUUGGUGCUGCUCACCCUGGCCACGCUCUGCACUCGGCUGCAUCGAAACUUCCGACGCGGGGAGAGCAUCUACUGGGGGCCCACGGAUGACAGCCAGGACACAGUGGCUGCUGUGCUGAAGCGCAGGCUGCUGAUGCCCCCACGCCGCGUUAAGCGCUCCCGCCGGAGACCCCUCCUCCCACCCACGCCGGACAGCGGCCCGGACGCGGACAGCUCGGACUGACCUCGCCCCAGCCCUGCCACAGUGGCAGCCGGGCUCCUCCUCGGGUGGGGAGGCCACGACCUCUGCCACGUGGACCGCGCGCAGGGGGCCCCCUAGCGGCCAGAUGAAGUAGUCCGCUCUCAGCGUGGAAAAAACUGUCUUCCUCCAUUGGAGGAGGGAGAAACCCAGGGAAAAAGAGGAGCCCUUUCAACCUUCCUGCCAAAGUUCCCUGUUUCUAAUUAAAUUAUUUUAGUAGA